GGUCUUGGUGGGCUGGCUCCGGCAAUACUCAUAUGAGGUCACCAGCCAGUGGCAUCUAACAUCGACAAUGGAUGAUGAUGAUACUCAGUACCAAUAUUGCGAUAUAGUCAUUGUGUCACCUUCUAUACACAACCAGCCAGUGGUUAUACUUGAACUUUUAGCCACAGGAACUGAUAAAGAAAUUGAUGAACAUUUUACCCGGUCACUUGAAUAUUCAAUCAUUAAUUUUACCCGUGCGGAUGAUACUCUUUCAAACCCUCAUUGGCAGAACAAGGAGCAGGCAGCAGAUGGCCUCAACGUUAUGCAUAUUUGGCAUGAUAUGAACUUCAAGACCUGA